CCAAGUGGGAUGCCUGUGAAGUUUAUGUUCCUGCUGAGUUCUGCCUUCCAUACAGAAAAAAAGGAGAAGCCUUUGCUUUUAACCUGCCUUGCUUUGAAGAAGUGACUCAGGCAGUUUUUAUGGACUCUCAAGCUUCCCAGGAUCAGUUAGAUAAAGAUCUUCAGAAUUAUCUCCCUGGCACACUCUACUCACAAGAUCAGAAUGAACAGGUGAAAACUUCACAUCCAUGGAAAUCCUCUACUUCAGAACCAUCUUCUCAUCGUCCACUUUUUUUAACACCACCUGGUUUGGAACAUUUAAGCAAGGUACAACGGAUAAUCAUUCAUCAGCAAGUGGAGAUCUUGGGAGUUUUUCUUGGCACUGAAAAGAGUAACAAGUAUGAAAUAAAGGACAACUUGGGACAAAGAAUUUUUUUCGCAAAGGAGGAAAAUAUCUACCUUAACAAAAACUUAUGUGGACCAGUGAGGCCCUUUACAAUGCGGAUUUCUAACAAUAAAGGCCGGGAUGUAAUCACUGUUAUUAGACCCUUGAGAUGCAUUAGUUGCUGUUUUCCCUGCUACUUACAAGAGCUGGAAGUACAAUCUCCUCCUGGUACAACCAUUGGCUUUAUUGUCCAGAAAUGGGAUCCUCUUUUGCCAAAGUUCACAAUUCAGAAUGAAAGUAAAGAAGAUGUAUUGAAAGUAAUUGGGCCAUAUCUGACAUGCAGCUUUUUUGGAGAUGUUGACUUUGAGGUGAAAACAUUAAAUGAAGACUCAUCUAUUGGAAAGAUCUCCAAAUACUGGUCUGGCUUUGUAAAUGAUGUCUUCACAAAUGCUGAUAACUUUGGAAUCGAAUUUCCAGUAGACCUUGAUGUUAAAAUGAAGGCAGCAAUGAUUGGAGUUUGUUUUCUUAUAGAUUUAAUGUACUUUGAACAAUCGCUGGAUGGGAUUUGAUGCUUCCAAGACGAAAUAUCUCAUUUGAAUACCAAACAGCUGAAGAUUUAACUUUUCUAUCUCUAUGAAAAAAGCAAAACAUAUAGUAACCAGUAUAGAAUAAUUACCCAGAAUUUAAUGAGUUCCACUACAUGUUCACGAUAGUCAAUAUAAGGCCAGAUUACACGUGGAGCAUUCAUGAUAACACAGGAUGCGAUAAGCAAUAUCGCUGAACUGUGCUAAUAUUAGCACUACAAGUCCAUGGUAAAUCCCAGUUACCAAAGAAGGGUUACAUUGCUUUAGAACAACCUGUACAUUCAAUGGAGAAUACACUCAUAUUACAUGAUGAAAGUUAUUGUCUGCACUUGAGUGAAAUCUGAAACUUCACUCGAAUAUUUAGCAUGAAUUCAAACCUGAAGUAAAGUGUAAGGGCUAAAGAAAAUUCACAAAACAAAUAAAAAACAUAUUAAAAUAAA